AAGAGGAGAGGAGGGGCUUGGCCUAUGAGGGGGUGUCCAAAUGCUGUAGAGAGGACAAGUCUUUCCCCCAGCAUCAGGUAGUUGAGAAUGCGUUUGUCCAAACCACUAGUAGACAUGGAGAUGGCAGACUAUAGCGAGGCCUUGGACCCAGCCUACACCACCCUGGAGUUUGAGAACAUGCAAGUGCUUGCGAUGAGCACAGACUCCUCACCAGCUGAGAGUGCCAGCAUGAACGCUGCCAACCACUUAGGGGUGGGCACCCUAUGUGCCAUCUGUGGGGACCGGGCCACAGGAAAGCACUAUGGAGCCUCCAGCUGUGAUGGAUGCAAGGGGUUCUUCAGACGCAGUGUACGCAAAAACCACAUGUACUCCUGCAGGUUCAACAGACAGUGCAUAGUGGACAAAGACAAGAGAAAUCAGUGCCGGUACUGCAGACUAAAAAAAUGUUUUCGAGCUGGGAUGAAGAAGGAAGCUGUGCAGAAUGAAAGAGACAGGAUUAGCACCAGAAGAUCCAGCUAUGAAGACAGCAGCUUACCCUCCAUAAACGCACUCAUUCAAGCCGAUGUACUUUCUAGACAGAUCUCAUCACCAGGUCCUACCAUGAACGGUGACAUCAGAACGAAGAAGGUCGCCACUAUAACGGAUGUGUGCGAGUCUAUGAAACAGCAGCUGCUGGUGCUGGUGGAAUGGGCCAAAUACAUCCCUGCAUUCUGUGACCUCCCCCUGGAUGAUCAGGUGGCUUUACUGAGAGCUCACGCUGGUGAGCAUCUCUUACUAGGAGCUGCCAAACGCUCCAUGCUGUAUAAGGAUAUUUUACUAUUAGGUAAUGAUUAUAUAGUUCCUCGAAACUGCCCUGAAUUGGAGGUGAGCCGUGUGGCUAUAAGGAUCCUUGAUGAAUUAGUCCUUCCCUUCCAAGAUCUCCAGAUCGAUGACAAUGAAUAUGCCUGCUUGAAAGCCAUUGUAUUUUUUGAUCCAGAUGCCAAAGGUUUAAGCGACCCAAGCAAGAUCAAACGCAUGCGAUAUCAAGUUCAAGUUAGUUUGGAGGACUACAUCAAUGAUCGUCAGUAUGACUCACGGGGACGGUUCGGCGAGCUGCUUCUCCUGUUGCCGACGCUACAGAGUAUCACCUGGCAAAUGAUCGAGCAAAUCCAGUUUGUUAAAUUGUUUGGGAUGGCGAAGAUAGACAACCUGCUACAAGAGAUGCUUCUAGGAGGUUCAGCUAAUGAAGCUCCUCAUUCCCAUCACUCUUUACACCCACAUCUGGUUCAGGAGCACCUCAGUAGCAAUGUCAUAGUCACCACCAACAUGGCCACUUCGAUUCACAAUGGCCAGAUGUCCACUCCGGAAACUCCAAUCCCAUCUCCCCCCACAGCCUCAGGUUCUGAUCUCUACAAAAUGGCACCUGGGGUUAUAGCCACAGUUCCCAAGCAGCCAAGCUCUAUCCCUCAAUCUACCAUCACUAAACAAGAGGCCAUCUGAGUGCUUUAGAGAAACAAAGCUUAAAAAAAAAAAAAACCGUUAAACUGGGUACCUUUAAUAGGCUGUGCUAAGCGUGACAAUUCAUUCUCAUAAACAUUUUGGACACAGUAAAACUAAUUUAUAUUCACAAGCUGUUCAAUUUAAGGUUUUUAGUCAAGACCCUGAAAUGUUUCAGAUUUUCCCAUUUUCAGAACUUUAAACCAAAAUAAUUGAGUUUGACGGUGUGCAACAAUCCCAUCUCAUCUGUUUGCUGUAUGUAUGUUUAAAACAAACUGGUGGUGCAUAUUUAUACAACCUAAGGGGUCACAACAGCAUUCAAAAAGUUAUAAUACAAAGGCUAUGCAAGUUUUCUUCUCUUUUCAAUGAGUUUGAGUUCCAUAAAUGUUACAGCAGGCCUAAAUGUGAUCAGAGUUUGUUUUAUUGUACAGUAUUUUAACACCUUGCUACAAAUGACUGGCUCUUAUAGUACUUUUACAGUAGCCUGAUAGAAUACAUAACAUUUUGUGCCUUGGAAAUAUUGUUAUUUACCAAAAUGCUGGUAAUUAUUUUAUGUAUGCUAAGAGUAUGUGCAUUUCAUAUUUUUCUGUUUGUGCCAUACUUAAAUUGUAAAUAUUUCGAUUUCCUUUUUUCAUUAAUGGAUUUAGUCUAUUGUAAGUCAUGAUUUUAGGAUUUAAAAAAACAUUUUGUCUCCUGAACAACCCCUUAACUGUGACUAGUUAGUGAUGUCUAUGUACUGUAUACAUACAGUACAUUUCAGGAGAACAUGUCACACUCAUUUGUUGUUUUAAAAAUUGGUCAUUUACUACCAAUUUACGAUUACUGCCUUCAGUGAGAAGGGUAAUUACAAACUUAAUGUGAACAGAUAAUAAAUGUCAAGGCUAUAUUUUUACA